UCUCCGACGGCGAUGGAUUUGAAUGCCCAUCAUCCGCUUCUGACGCCGCGGGGGCACUCCAGGCUCCUUGAGGCCCAGCUCCAGGAACAGAGGAGGGAAUAUGAAGAAGAAGUAGAAGCUUUAAAGGAGCAGAUGGAGGUAUUGGAGGAAGGGAUGGAAAAACAGCAUGAAGUCUUCCUCCUGACACUCCAUUUGUCACCAGAAGCCCAAGUGGAGUUUGGCAUCCAGCAGGAAAUCAAGCAGCUGACAGAUGAAAGCCUGACAGGUCAAUCAACCUAUGGUAGCCACCCAGACACUUUUCUGAAGUUUGAAAGACUGGAGAUGCUUGAGUCAGUGCCAGCUCCUGUCCAGUGCAGAAUCUACAGCAGAUGAUACAGCUACAGCAUUUGGGAGAUUCGGUUGCCCCAAUUUCUGCUUUAAGACUUCUUUCUCUAAACAAUC